GAACAGCUGAUCCCGUCACGUUAUCGAUCCUCAUCUUCGGCAGACCUCCCGUCAUCCCGCUGCAGGCCGGUUGCCAUGGAAACGCGGGCUCCCUCCGACGGCCGCGCGCCGCAGUGAGGAGAGACGGUGAGUCACCGAGACCAGCAGGGACCAGCAGGGACCAGCAGGGACCGGGACUGGCGACCCGCAGACCCGAGACGGACCGGACCGGACCUGCGGUUAGCCUGUUAGCUUCCCCGCGCCGUCGGUCAGAGGCGCGCGACGACGACGGACUGUUAAUGAGACGGAUGACGCUCCGGUACCGCAGUGUUGCUCAACCUGAGGCUCCGGUACCGCAGUGUUGCUCAACCUGAGAGACUGUUGCUGCAGCGCUGCUCCGGUCUGACGGAGAGCAACUACAGGUAGGGCAACUAGCAACAGACUGGGAUGUCUGACGGCAACCAUGUUGCUUCAACCUGAGAGAGAACACAGCAAGUACACAUAAGCAACCAGGCCACCGACCAACCAGGCAACUGCAGUGUUGCUUCAACCAGAGAGAGAGAAUACAGCAACUACAGCAACCAGCGGAGCAACUUGGAAAUACACUGUUGCUGUUUAACAACCAGCGUGUAGACAGCAACUCAACCUGCAACUACAGCAACCAGCAACUCCCCCUCCAUCAUCCAGCAGAUGGACGUGCUCUCAGACUGUCAGAUUGAUCAGCUGAUCUGGAGUCAGUCAGGUGAUGGCCUCAGGUUGAGUUAAGCUCCGCCCACAGCUGCCCCCCCCCAUCCUUGUUCAGGGGAAGACAACGGCCAAUAGGAUGAGCCAGCUGAAGGAGGCGGAGCCUGGCCGGGAGAUGGAAGGCAAGGUGCAGACCUGGGCUCAGUCUCUGGUUUACACUCUGGAGGAACUGGAGUGUAAAAUCUGCUACAACCGCUACGACACCCGCAGCCGGAAGCCCAAACUCCUGGGCUGUCUGCACCGAGUCUGCGCCAAGUGUCUGAAGAAGAUGGUCGACAUGGGUGAGUCCUCACCUUCCAUCAUCAGCUGUCCAUUCUGUCGCCACGAGACCUACGUCCCUGACGAGGAGGUGUGGCUGAUGGAGGACGACCGACACAUCCUGGCUGUUCUGUCGUGUCAGGACCGAGCCCGCCGAGGAGGAGGAGGAGGGGGAGGAGGCGGCGGUGGCGGCGAGGGGGAGGUGGUCCUGAGUCCCAGCAGUCUGAGCGGAGGCAGCGGCGGCGGCGUGGAGUCGUCUCACCGCUCCUCAGACUGCCUGGUCAUCACCAUCAUGGAGCUCCCAGAGGAGUCUCCGUCCUCUGACUCACUGAGCACGCUCAAUGUGGUGGGUCUGUACCGCCCCCCCAGCCUGGACUCGCUGCCCUGCAACCUGCCAGCUCAGAAGUGUCGCGCCUGGACGUCCCGCAGCUUCCCCCGCUGCCUGCUGGGGGCGCUCUGCCUGGUGUACUUCAGCUCUCUGCCUCUGGGGAUCUACCUGCUGAUGAUUGGUCAGCUGUGGCUGGGCGUGGUCCUGGUCAGCCUGGUUCCCUCCACGCUGCUGCUGCUCGUCCUCUACGGCUUCUGUCAGUGUCUCUGCCACGAGCUGAUGGAGGCGCUCGCCGCACGCCGUACGCACACGUUGCCAUGAUGACCACCACCACAGUCACCAAACAAACAGCCGGUACAGCUAACCUGUCACUCAUCUGAAGACCGACCCAUCAGACACUGACACACCUGUCCGCUCUGACCCCGCCCCCCUCUGAAUACCAGCAUAACCCCCGUCAAGCUACAGCCAAUCAGACGGAGGCUGAGUCUGUCUCUCUCUGUGGCGUUUUACUGUGAAGGUCUUUUCUCGUUGUCGCCUCUUGCAGGACGAACUGGUGAAUCACAGCUGAUGUCAGAGGACUCCUGCCAGCCAAUCAGAGAAGCUGCAGCACAGACUGACACAAACGAUCAAUAACUAAUUAACCACAUCAAUGUUCAGUAUGUGUGAAACCUGUUUUUGUCAAUGCUGAUAUUUAUUAAAGCCUCUCGUUGUCCGUUU